UUAGGAAAACAUGAGGACAGCACUGCUAUGGAGACAAUGGGUGGUCAAAAAGGGCAGAAAGGUGGUUGCUGUAAGGUGGAGAAACUGAAACCCUCCCAGUCCCCGAAGGGAGAGCUUUGGAGCCAGAGACAGUGGUCAGACACAACUAAGACCAAGUUCACUCUCAUGAGGGACAAGGACAAGCUGAGAAAUGAAGUGGUGCCCCUCCAUUUUCCAGACGUCCAGCCCAACGGUCAGCGUGGGGAUAGACUACAUCUUCUAGAGGACAACAGCCUGAAACUCAAGCCUGGGUCUCUCAGCCAACACAGGCUACAGCACAAACUACUGGACGAUGAGCUUCAAGAUGUUCUCCAGGAGAAAAAGCACUUGAGUCUCCACUUGUUCAACGGUAGCCAGAAAGCCGUCCAAUAUGAGCAGGUGAAGUCAGAGUAUGAGCAGCUCAAAGAGACCCUUGGUGCUGUGACUCAGGAGAGAGAUUUAGCCCUGCGGGAGAAAACCCAGCUCCAAGUCAAACUGGAGAACCUAGAGCAGGUGCUAAAGCAUAUGCGUGAGGCUGCAGAACGGAGGCAGCAGCUAGAGUUGGAGCAUGAGCAGGCCUUGGCUGUACUCAAUGCAAAGCAGCAGGAGAUUGACCUUCUGCAGAAGGCUCAGGUUGAGGCUAAGAAGGAGCAUGAGGGUGCCGUCCAUCUGUUAGAGGCCAAAGUCAGAGAGCUGGAGGAGAAAUGUCGGACACAGAGUGAGCAGUUCAACCUCCUGUCCAAAGAGCUGGACAAGUUCCGGUUGCAGGCUGGAACGUUUGAUAUCCUUGGUACUGAUCCCUUAACUGUGUGUGAAUCCCCCGGAUCGCCCAACAAAUCCCUGUCCCGGCUCCUCAACGGGCUGGCUGCUCCCACAGGGAAAGGCAAUGAAAGUCCGAUGAGCAGAUCCGUGAUCUCCGAGUUGAUCCGACCGCUCCACAUCAGUGGGGACAGGCCAGAGCUCCUGUCUGUAAAGCCAACAUUCGUCACCCGCAGCGGCACAGCAGGCAGCUCCCCGCAGGCCCUCCUCAGCGAGAUGGACAAAGAACUAAGCUCGACGACUAGGACCAAAAAGAGGUUUACAGGCAAGGUCCGUUUGUGCAUUGCCCGAUACAGUUAUAACCCCUGUAAUGGGCCCAAUGAACAUCCUGAAGCAGAGCUCCCUCUGGUGGCGGGGAAGUACCUCUACGUGUAUGGGACCAUGGAUGAUGAUGGCUUUUAUGAAGGAGAGCUGUUGGAUGGACAGCAGGGCCUUGUCCCUUCCAACUUUGUUGACUUUGUUCAGGAUGAUGAGAUGCCCUCUGCUAAGCACAGGGACGGGGCCAAAGAGUCAGGCUACCUCAGUAGUAACCACAGUAGUCUGGGCUCCACAGGACUGGCCAAUAUGGGCCUCAGUACCAUCAGCAGCCUGCUGUCCGAAAGCAAGCUGGACCUGGGGACGAGCCUGGAGAGAAAUAUGGAGAGAAACCUGGGGACGAGCCUCGGUUCCACUCUAGGUUCCACUCACGGUUCCACUCUGGGCAGUCACAUUGGUUCCGCCCACAGCUCCAGUCACGGUUCCACAGGCCUGGGCUCCAGUCUGAGCAGCACUCUGAGCAGCCUGGGCAGCAGCAGCCUUGGAAUGGACUUCCUGGGCUCCAUGGGCUCCUGCAGCAACGGGACAGGGACCCUGGAUGUCAGCAUCGACGAGAUUGGCGAAAACAUCGUGCCUUACCCCCGCCGCAUCAAUCUGAUCAAACAGCUGGCCAAGAGUGUGAUCGUGGGCUGGGAUCCUCCGGUGGUGCCGCCCGGCUGGGGCUCUGUCAGCGGCUACAACGUCCUGGUGGACAAGGAGGUGCGGAUGAGCGUGCCCUUCGGCUGCAGGACCAAGUCACUCGUGGAGAAGCUCAACCUGGCCACCAGCACCCACCGCAUCUCGGUGCAGAGCGUCACGGAGCGCGGCCUGUCCGACGAGAUGCGCUGCACUCUGCUGGUGGGGAAGGACGUGGUGGUGGCUCCUUACUACCUGAGGGUGGACGGCAUCACGCAGACCUCCGCCGAGCUCUCCUGGCAGCCCAGCAACAGCAACUACAGCCACGCCCUCUUCCUGAACGAUGCCGAGUAUGACGUGGUGAAGGCGGGGGGCUACCAGUACCAGUUGUUCCACCUCAAGCCCAUGACUGUUUACAAGGUGAAGGUCAUGGCGAAGACACACCAGAUGCCUUGGCAGCUGCCCCCAGAGCAUCGGGACAAAAGGGAGAUCUCUGUGGAGUUCUGCACCCAGCCUGCAGGCCCCCCCUUACCUCCCCAGGAAGUGCAGGUCCAGUUAGGACAGAACCCCGGGGUGCUGCAGGUGCGAUGGAAGCCCCCCCUACUCACCCCCACGGGAACCUCCAACGGAGCCAACGUGAUUGGCUAUGCCGUGUGCACAAAGGGGCAAAAGAUCGCGGAGGUGAUGUAUCCUACAGCCGACUAUGUGACAGUGGAGGUGAACAGGAUCCAGUGUCUGGAGGCCAGGGAGGUCAUCGUCAGGACACUAUCAGCACAAGGAGAGUCUCAGGACUCCCCCGUGGCCACCAUACCGCACAACAUCCUGGGGCCUGUCCUGCUCCACCCGGCACCUCACCCCCAGCCCCAACACCAGCCCUACCCAAUGUCCAAAGCCACGUUGGGAAACGACAGAGAGUCGGAAACCAAAGAGCACGAGGCGGGCCCGCGCCCUGGGCCCCACUGGGAGCGCUCACCGUCGCCCCUCCCUCCUCCCAUGUGUGGACACACUCUGGGGCCGCCCCACUUCCAGGGGCGCCGUUCACCCUCUCCUCAGAGGAUACUGCCCCAGCCUCAGGGAGCCCCCAUCCCAAACACCAUCGCCAAGGCCAUGGCCAGGGAGGCUGCGCAGAGAGUGUUUGCCGAGAGCAACCGGAUUGAGAAAAGGAACAUCUUCAGCGAGCGGAGCGUGAACUCUGAUGAAGAAGAGGAUGGUUAUGACUCUCCCCACAUCAGGAGGAGAGGGGCCUCUGUGGACGAGUUCCUUAGAGGCUCCGAACUGGGGAGACACGCGCGGCACCACUACAGCCACAGCCACAGUGAGGAGUACCAGACGGAGAGCAGCCGUGGCUCGGACCUGUCCGACAUAAUGGAGGAGGAUGAGGAGGACCUGUACUCUGAGAUGCAGUUGGAGGAGGGCCGUCGACGCAGCAUCAACUCUCACAACACCCUCAAGAUUAUAGGGAACUCCCCCUCCCAUGGACACUGCCAUGGCGAUCGGCUGGACCAUUCAGGUAGAAGGCCGGUCCAGGGUGGCAACCCCCCACAUCGACGACCCAUGAUGGUCCCUUCCAUUGACGGUUACGGUGGGCAAGGUCGUGGGCACGGCCGAGGUCGCCGGUCCCCGGAGUAUUAUGACGAGUCGGAGCCAGAGGACAUGGCUCGUAUAUUUGUGGCCCUGUUUGACUACGACCCUGUGUCCAUGUCCCCCAACCCUGACGCCGCUGAUGAGGAGCUGCCCUUCAAAGAGGGCCAGAUCAUCAAGGUGUUUGGGGAUAAGGACACGGAUGGGUUCUACAGGGCAGAGAUCCGUGAGCGACUGGGCCUGAUCCCCUGUAACAUGGUGUCUGAGAUCCAGACUGAGGACGAUGGGAUGAUGGAGCAGCUUCUCAAACAGGGCUUCCUCCCACUCAACACUCCUGUAGAGAAAUUAGAGAGGAACAGGCGAAGUGGGCGUCAGCCCCCAUCAUCCACUCGUAGAAUGGUGGCACUGUAUGACUACGACCCCAGGGAAAGCUCUCCAAAUGUGGAUGUGGAGGCUGAACUGACGUUCUGUGCUGGCGACGUCAUAACAGUUUUUGGUGAAAUUGAUGAAGAUGGCUUUCAUUAUGGAGAGCUCAAUGGACACAAAGGUCUCAUUCCCUCAAACUUUCUCGAAGAAGUGCCUGAUGAUGUUGAGGUUUUUCUCACUGACACCCCAUCUCGAGAUUCUCGAUACCCCCAGGACGCUGCAGCGCGGAUAAAGACCAAAAGGGUUCCAUUGGAAAAAUCGGGUCCGCCCAGAAGAACCACCUCCCCCACAGUGCACCAACACAUCCCCGGCUCUGGCCCUUGUACCAUAGGGCCUGGCAGUCCCAUCAGGGGCCCCUGCGACAUGUCCUCCAAAAAGAAGGGUCUGCUCUUCAAAGGGAAGAAUCUUUUGAAAAGACUUGGCGCUGUUCAAUAAACCCUUCAUAUACUUGAAGUAUACCACCAACCACAUCAUACUCAAUCUCCAACACUUUCAUUACUGUAAGAUCAGUCCUGUAAGAAAAAAGUCAAAACAGAAUAUUUAAAAGAAUUUGACAGCUAGUCAGUUGCAGUGCUCAAUGUCGACUGUUGUAUACUAUAAACCAUAUUUUCUUAUUUUAAUUGCAAUAGAUCUAUUUUGAAUAUGGUCCAGGGACCCAUAGUUGCCAACCUCUUGGGUCAUUUCGUGAUAUCCUAUCUGAAGCGCAGUCAUAACACAAUGAAUAAGAUCUCAUCCUGAAUACUUUCCCUUCAUGAGUACAUACAGUCUGUGUUUUAUCACACUGUAGGCUCAGAACAGCCAGUCAAUAUCACACUUAAUAUCUUCUACUGGCGGCACAAGGCAAGGAAAAGAGAAGUUUAUGGGCUAGGUAGCUGAUAUAAUUUUAACUGUAUGGGAGGUUUGCAUGAUUUACCUAAAGCACAUCUUAAAUGAGAAUUCCCACCAAACCAUUUAAAGCACUUUCUGAUGGCCUUUUCUAUCAGAACAUGUUAGCAAGGCACAUGUGAAUGCUUUUUCUAUGCAUUUUCAUGAUGAGUCUACAUUUUAAAAGCAAGAUUUGCUAAAUAAAUUGCAGUUGAAAAAUGCUUAGAUGUUUCUCUUCUCAAUGCAACUGAAUAUUCAAUACAAAUGUAGUGAUCACAUUCAAUCUCAGUUCAACUGGAGCCCAGAUUUACCAUUUGACUACUUACACCUUAUCACCUGAAAUCAGGAUCUGUGCAGUGGUAAAAUAUGCAAAAUCUCCAGGAAGACUGAAGUGAAAUGUUUUUUGGGGGAAAUCAGAAAAUGUGAUAAGCAUGAACUCUGGACAAACACGUUAGAUAGGACAGGGUUUCAAGAUUUACGAUCGUGUGAUUUAUUUUUCUGCUGAAUGGUAAUGAAAUGCCUAGUUGAAACCAACCUCCAUGUAUUUGCCUUAUAAAUGCACAAUGGUUUGUAUUUUGUCCAAUCAGUGGAGUGUUUCUGUCCUGUUUGCAUUCAUUUAAUUGCAUUACUUCUGAAAAUGAAAUGUAUUUGCAAAACAUGUUCAUCUAGCAAGACUAGUGAUGUGCAGUUUAUUAUAUCUAGGAAGUGUCAAGUUUUUGGGGGGAAGGACCUGCAGAUUAAAAUGAAAUUCAAAUCAAAAUCAUUUCAAAAAAACUUGUAUGUUUGUGUUGGUGGGGGGAUAAAUGUGUAUUUAAAUUCCUAAGUACAUUGCGUUUCAUUUAAACUAUUUUGGCACAAAGGACUAUAAUGGAAAAAAAAAGGCACUUUAUUUUGUUCCUCAUUUUAUAUGUGCAAUGUGUUCACUCUGCAUUUACUACAAUCCCAUUUUGACAAAAGUUUGUGUAAAAAGAAAUAUGGAAAUGAAGGAAAUGCAAUUGAAAGCUGGUUCAAUCAAAACUGUUACCAUAACAAGUUUAUAUCAGCAUUCAGGGCAACAUCAAAGCAUUGUGUGAAUGCUACACAAACCCCUUUCUCCAGCUAAACACUACAGCAUGCCCACAGAUGUUAUACAGUAUUAUUCUCAGCAAGGAACCGAAGUAGCACUAAUUGUACUGUUGUGGUAGUGUCCUAGAAACUAUGGGCUUGGCCAGAUCGCAAUUUCCUUAUUGGCUUUGAUAUUCAGAUCAAUAAUCCAAUUGUAGAUUACGGUUUUCUACAACAGUAUAAAUGGGCGUACUAAACCAGGGUUUCCCAACUCCAGUCCCCAAUUACCACCAAAGGUACAUCUAUUGUAGCACCUGACAGUCACCUCAUUCAACUGAUAGAGGGUUUGAAGAUUAUUUUAAUACAGAAUGCUUUAAACAAUUGCAAUGGAAAGGAGUUAUUAGGCAAAUCCAUUUUUUUUUAACAAAACCUUUGGUUGAGUACCACUUGUAUUAGGAGACUGUUUUGACUUAUCCUGGUGACCAGGUUUUACUGAAUUACCUUAAUCAGAAAUACAACCUAUAUCUAGUUAUUUUUGUUACAUAGAUAUUGUAAUUUCAACAAGGCACAAGUCUACCUCCACAACCCCUAUAAGUUCCAACUAAUUUGACUACAGGUUCACAUAAGCCAACAUUAUUUCUUGAUGAAACUGAGCUGUUUGCCCUGCUGAGUUUUAAGUUGCAAAGGGCGUAAGUACUGUAUUUGUGUCAGCACUCAACUAGCACAGAGUAGUGAAUGUAUGAUUAAUUGAAAGCCAAUAAUGUAUGUUACAAAAAUUAUUAAUCUGAAUGCAGAUGGCCAGCAUUCUUAGUUUAUAAGUGAAAUGAAACCUUUAUCCAUCUCCUUACGCUAUUGUGUUAAUCAUUGUUCCACUAACUUUACCUGCUUUUUCUGAAUCAUCACUUACGAGAUUUGAACUGAGACUGCCAAAAAAGAAUGUACGAAAAGCAUUCUGUAUAACUUUCUGUACAAUUCUCAGCCAAAUAGGCAUUUCAAUCUACAGUAAAAAAGUGUUUUCCAUGUUGUCAGUCAUUGCUUCUAUACACUAUUAUUUGAGUGACUGCUCUUUUUGUACUUUGUCCAUUUGUAAAUUGUUUUUAAAUGUUUAUACUUGAUUUUCAGACUGCCUUUUUUGUACAUAAAAAUUUAUAAACAGUGCAAAGCUUUCCCCAUGGUGUCUUCAAAACCAUAAUGUUUUAAGUCUCCAAUUGUGUGCUAGCUUUAUGAAAAGAAAUAGCCUAUAUUGGUGGUUACAAAAUAUUGUGUGGGUGUGCAUGUGCAAAGGUUUUAUCAAAUAAAUUUGAUAUUUUGUAA